AUGGCGCCAAUCAAGGAGGCAGUCUAUGCCACUCUUUUGAUGGACGAUUCAUACCUUCCGGGUGCAAUGGUGCUUGGUCACUCAUUGAAAGACAAGGGCGCCAAAGCGAGACUCGUUGUCCUGGCUACAAUUGACAACCUUUCCGCAUCCACUAUUACCGAGUUGAGGACCGUAUACGACGAGAUCAUCCCCAUCAAGCGAAUCGUCAAUAAACACCCUGCCAACCUCUACCUAAUGGAUAGACCCGACCUAAUAUCUACCUUUACCAAAAUCGAGCUAUGGAGACAGACACAAUUCAGACAAAUCGUGUACAUCGAUGCGGAUAUGGUGGCGAUCCGCGCGCCGAAUGAGCUACUCAAUUACAACACCAAUUUUGCUGCCGUGCCAGACAUUGGUUGGCCAGACUGUUUCAACAGUGGUCUUCUUGUUCUCCGACCGAACUUGGGAGACUAUUACUCACUUCUUGCUCUCGCUCAACGAGGGAUCAGCUUUGAUGGAGCAGAUCAAGGGCUACUGAAUAUGCACUUUCAAGAUUGGGAGAGACUGAGUUUUGCCUACAAUUGCACCCCCAGCGGAAGCUAUCAAUACAUCCCAGCAUACAAGCAUUUCCAGAGCAGCAUCAGUCUAUUACACUUCAUAGGUCGAGAAAAGCCUUGGACCAUCGGACGGGAUCACAAAAACGCUUCGGGAGUAUAUGGUGAACUCCUUGGACGGUGGUGGUCAACAUAUGACAAGCACUACAGGGUGCACGUCUCUUAUCAAACUGAACGAACCCGAGACACACCAACAACAGUGCAAAAGUAUGUUACAGGCGAGAAAACCACCUCCUACCUAGGUUACUCCUUUUCAGAACCACAACCUCAGCACGAGCCGGCACGUUGGAUCAGUGUCGAACCUCCACCCGAAGCUCCAGCAACGACAACGGAGGAGGCUAUGGGUGAUCAACCAGAACCGGUAGAACAGAUAGACAAGCAAGACUUCGAACCUACCUCAACUGUCGAGCAAAGGCGUUUCUCGGCCCCACAAAUGGAAUGGGAUGCCUCUCGUGCUCCACCUCCUACGGAUUCGAAGCCAGAAGCUCAGAACCUCCCCUCACAAGUUUACGAAUUCAACCAGGACACCUCGUUGUUUCAGGCACCCAAAUAUCCUGAGGCACCUAGAGAUAUGUAUUAUCAAGUGCCAUCCAAACCAAAAAGAACGGAAAAGCCGAAACCAAUAUUUCCCUGGGAAGAACAUGCUCCUAAACCAACCCGGGUGUUUCCAGAGGAACGACCACCAAGUCCUGAGCCUGAGCCUGAGCCUGAGUCUGAUAUUGAGCCCGAGCCCGAGCCCGAGCCCGAGCCCGAGCCUGAACCAGUUGCAGAAGCCAGAACAUCAAGUGAUGCUUCUGAAAGUUCAGUGUUCACGAGGGAAAGUCGAUCAAGCUCGAAUUCUGCAUCGGAAAGUGAUCCCUGGAACAGCUAUACUCGAGUAAAUGCAUGGGAUGCUAUGCCAGAAAUCGAACGAUAUGUUCAGGCAUUUGUACAGUCGCGGAAAGGGAAAGUUCAAGUUCUCCAUCAAGCAGCUGCACACUCCAAAACAGCUGAUCAAUCAUUACUAUCUCCUCCCGUCGACGCGGAACGCCGUCCGAGUAUGAAGAUUACAGAUUUCCCGACCGAGUGGGAAAGACCAAGUUUGCCAGUUACACCAGCACCAAGACAUCCCAGCUUUUGGGGUGAGGAAGGAGAUGAAGAAGGGGAACUGCCUGCAGCUGAAGGAGUACCAAAACAACAAGACUGGGUUAGUCGCUUUUCAUCCUAUCUCCAGCCAGAGUUUGAUUCUCCUUCUCGUUCUGCUGCGUUGCCAGUUUUGUUUUGGAGAUGCCAAUAUUGUGGGAAACAGAAUCCAGUUCAGAAACUCGAAGAAUUACAAAAACGACAGACUGAAGUCCUACAGACUGGACCAGAACUUAGACCUAAAGAAAUACCGAACAGAGCAAUGCCAGAUUCGGCGGUUGAUACAACGGCAGUGACUGCAGAGGCUACCGCAAAAGCUUUAUCCGGAGAGAAAGCGAGAGCAACAGACCCAGCCACAGAAAGGUUGUCUGAUCCCAGCGUUGACAUGAUGGGUAUUGAGGCGAAGACUGUGGCGAAUGCUCGUUCGCCAGCGAAACCCAAACCGAUAUUGAAGGAGCCAUCUUUCGAACUUGGAGGAGUAAGCAGUGAGAAGGAUUCGUUGACCUCCAAAGAUGUGGCGCCUGAAGUAUUGUCGCCAAAUGGUUCCGCUUCCGCCUGGGUAAACCAUUAA